CGGAGAUGGAGCCGGUUCUUUUCUCCUUCCCAGAGGACGCCUGCCCCGGAGUCCUGCCGGCCUCAGGUUCGCGUCCCAAGGGCCGAGCGCCCCGCCGGCUCCUUGCCUUGCCGUGUGCGGUGAGUCCGGCCCAGCGCGGAUGGGGAUCGUGGGAUCGGGGCUGCCCUCCAGACCCCGGCCAGGACGCCAGCCGCUCUAACCCGAUCUUUCCCCGCAGGGGGGCGAUGAGCCCACCGGGCACCUGCCGGCCAUGCAGAAGACGUGAGCGUCGGGCGUCCAAGGGAGCGAUCCCGGCGGGGCCGGGCUAUGGCCCCCGGGGCCGGCUGAACGCAGGAGCUGCCGAGGAGCCGCUGCCGCCGUCGCCGCCGGGAGGGAGCGGAUUCGAUGCCCUGGAAGGGCCGGUACCCGUGGGCAGAGGGAGGCGCUUCCCGGCCCGGAGCCUCGGAGGAUGGUCCCCGCAGAGCCGCGCGCAGCGAGAGGUGCUCGAUCUGCCGAGACGGAGCGCGCGGAUGGAGUGGCGAGUGGAGGGGCCAAGGCACAGAUCAGACAGAUCUCCCUCCACCUACAGGAGCUUGCCUGUCCGACAAGUGCGAUAUAGGGAGUGGGGUUUGUGGGGUACAAUCACCCUGCUGUCAUUGUUUGCUGGUGCAGUCAUGGCAACCUCGCAGACCUGGCAUCACAACCAGACAUUGGGAGCAGACUCUGAUGGAAGCAUGGGCACUGCCAGCCCUCCCCAUGAGGAGGAAAACAGCAGGGAAGCACCAUCACUGGCUGCAUGGAGCCACUGGCACGGAGAAAACAUGACCAUUGAAGGGCUGAGCUCUUCAGAACUGCUCAGGGCUGAGCGCUCCCCACCAAGCUCCAGCAAGGCCAAGAAAGGCUCCAAGAAGGCUGGUCGUGGGAGCCGCAGCCGCUACUGCCGCCUGCACAGCCUCAUGGUGAAAGUGCGGGACCUGGGGCUUGGCUUCGAGUCGGACGAGAUUGUGCGGUUCAAAUACUGCAGUGGGUCAUGCCAGCGUGCCCGCACAAACUAUGACCUUACCUUGAGCAGCCUGCUGCAGCAACGUGCCAUCGUGCCUGGGCCUCAUGACCACCCCUCCACCCACCCCUGCUGCCGCCCCACCCGAUAUGAGGACUUCUCCUUUAUGGAUGUCCGCAACUCCUGGCGGACUGUGAGCCGUGUCUCAGCGGCAGAGUGUGGUUGUGUGGGUUGAGGAUGCCACCUGCUUAGAGCUCCCAGUGUUACCGAGGCUGCAGCGAUGUCAAGAGCCUGCCUGUCUGUGGGGCAUGGGACGAGGAGAGAGACAGUCUGUGGUAGGGCUUUCCAAGCCAGACAGAAACAGCAUGUGAACAAUAAGCAGGAGGGCAGUGUGGCAUCCUUAGUUCAAAUGUGCCAGGGCCUUCAUCUGCCCACUUUGUGGCACAUCUUUAUAGGGCACCCUGUUCACAGCAGCAAUGGGAUGGCAAGAUGGAGGCCAGCCAAGCCUGUAAGGGCUGCAAGCCCACUCUGGGUGGAUCUCUUUCCUUUAGGGAUUGGUCUGUCAACUGUGAUGUGAAUUUGCUCGUCCAUCAAGUUGCAUCCUCCAGUGGAGAAGCAGCACCGGAAUCCCCCAAACCUUAUUCAAGGGAUGAGGGUAGGGAUGUAGCCUGAAAGGCCUGUGAUGUAAAUGUGUAGCUCCUUGAGCACCACUCCUUACCACUAGUUCUUUGUCAGGCAGUUUAAAGAGGUAGGCUGCUUCCUUGGAUCACCCAGCCCUAUCAGUUGCAACACUCCUGUUCUCUUCCUGUUCAAGCCUACAACCUCUCUUUCCCAAAGCAACAUGGUCUAGCUCCAUCAGGGAGCAGAUGUAGUUGAGCAUGAAGGACAGAUUUGCAACCCUUAGUUAGAUGCGUCAAGGUCAACCUACAAUUGUGACUCUAUACUUUCUGUACCCUGGAGGCCCAUUGAUUGCUACUGCCAUCAGACUUGUACUAGGAUAGUCAGCACAGUUGUUGAGGACUAAACUGGGCACCUUCCUAGUUUUGUUUUGAGAUGGUUUUUAAUUCUUAGAGCCUGCAACAUGGUUGAGGAGCUUCUCCUGGUGAGAACAGGCCCUUGGCAGGUGGAGGCUGGACCAUUUGAAGGAGAUCAUGAAGCAUAGCUGCUGAAUCCUCUGUUUCCACAGCACAGCUAAGGCAUCUGUAGCUAAAAAAGGUCUUAUCCUAUAAAACCAUGAUGGUGUUAACUUGGUUUGCAGCAUUCCCUAACACACCAGCAACAGCUUGGAGUCUGGCCACUGCACUUGUCAGGCCAACACUGGAAGCAGCAAUAGCCCCUGCCAUUCCCUGAGUCAGCCAUCACUUGGUGCCAGCAGGGUGGGGAACUCCCUGCCAUAGAAGUGACACUUUCUGAACAAAUUUAUUUAUUCUCUAACUUAUUUAUUUAUUUGUUUGCACCCCCACCCCCACCAGGUGGCACCUAUUUAUGAUGCUGAGAGUUGGGCCUGGUGUACCAUUGAAAGCGGGUGCUGAUGUUGUGCCCUGGCCUGUGAUCAGCAGUUCCUUACUCCCUUUUCCCUACUUGACCUGAUCAAAGGCAUUUCCUCUUCCUCCUUUCCUGAUUUUGUAUUCUCUGCCCUUGAUUUGCAUUUGGAUAAACUCUAUUUUUGUAC